GCUUUCAGUGACCGGAGGGAGCUUGUAGAGUCCAGAGCCCGUCAGGUGUUUGCAAGGCGUCAAGGAGUGUGGCUUCCCUAGUGGAGUGGUGGUGCAGCGCUGGAGUGGGUGGAGGAGGCAUUAUAAGGAAGGGAAGGGGACUGCUCUUGUUGCUAACUCUUGCUGGUGUUACGUCAGGAAGGCAAGCGUGGCCCGGUGAGGCGCCGUCGGAUGGUGCAGGAGCCAUGGCGCAGAAAUAGCCUGAGACAGGUGAGCGUCGUUGGAGGGUUCGCGCAGCCCGCCGCGUCACACAUGGACCUCGCGGUGACAGUGACAAUUGCUCGUUGCAUAACUAUAUUUGCCGAGGAAACUUGGCGCUGGAGGCCGCCGCGCACCUCGCCGGCAAAGGAUUCCUUCAGAGACCCCCCGCAGAGUUUUGAGCACCCGAGCGCCGAUCCUUCGCUGCCCCGGGAGGACUCCCGCUGAGGGAUGUAAAGUGGCAGCGUGUGUGUGCGUGUGUGCGUGUGUGUGAGCGCGUGGCCCUCAGAGACCCACCAUGCCGGGGCCCAUCCUGCGGCUGGCAGCCUCUCCCGGGGACUCCAACGACUUCUCGGUGUUCGAGUCGUGUGACGACAUCCAGGAGGCGUGGGGCGGCCUCAACGGCAACUUCUCGGCGGAGAGCAUCUACCACGAGUGCCGGACCCACCUGGCCCUGCAGCACUGCGAGAUCCGCGUCAACGGCGAGCAGCAGACGUCCGCCGCCCCCACCAGCGUGCGGGGCAAGUCGCCGCGGCAGGCCAUGGCGGAGGCGAGGCCGCUCAACAACAACGCGGCGCGGCAGCGGGGUGCUGCGGAGGUGCCGGCCGUGAGGACACCGCCGGCCGACGAGUUCGGUGAGGCCAUGGAGGUGGAGGAGGAGCUGGCGGAAGAGGCCGUGGAGACCGUCAACCUGCCGGUGGUGUCGGCCAGCCUGAGUCUGGACCUCGGCAAGUCCCUCACGCGGCAGAAGAUCAGCUCGGUGCAGCGCGGCCCCACCCUCACCUACGCCGACCACGACGACUGCGAGGAGCCGCCCACGCGCCGCCCGCGACCCCUCGCCCACCCCAACGAGAGCAUGGAGGUGGGCGCCCCGCUGCACUGUCGCCCCGCCAGCCCCACCAGCCCUGGCACCCCCGACAGUUACGGCAGCCCCAUCAGUUACGCCAGCCCCGUCAGCCCCGGCAGCCCCAUCUCCGCCGUGUCAAGUGCGGAGUCCUGCAGUCCAGUCUCCCAGCGGUCGUCCCGAGUGUUCCGCAACCCCUCUUACCACCACGCCGUCAGGGACGCCGCCGUGUCGUCACCCCAGAACAUGGGCAAGCCUCACCAGCCCGACAAGAGCUCCAGGAGCUGCGACAACAGCCCCAUCAGGCCCAGCCUCAAGCCCCUGAAGGAGGAGCGGCCCGCCAAGGCUGGCGGCGGCGGGCGGCGGCACGCAUCCGAAAGUGACGAUCUAAUGAGUGUGCCCCUGGCGGCCAACAUGCCCCGCAGCGUCUCCUUCAGCGGGCAGGAGCUGGCUUCCCCCGCGGCGGGUGCCAGCGGCAGCCUGUCAGAAGGCAACAGCCGCAGCGGCAGCGUGCCACACCUGUCAUCCGCCGCCGCCACCGCCGCCGCCGCCGCCCACCGCUCUGCCCCCACCCUGGAGACCAAGUCCUCCCCCCCAAACUUCACUCGCGGUUCUGUCAUCUCCCGCAGUUUUCGUCGGCUGUUCAGCACGCCCAGCCGCCCGCCGCCCGCCAUCCAAACGGAGGAGUGCUGGGACGACGUGCCCGGCGUGACCAGCCCCUCGGAGGCGGACAGCAGCAAGUCCUCGCGCCUCAAGAGGAUCAGCCACUCCUUCUCCCGCAAGCUGAGCGCCAAGCCCAAGAUGAGCGCCUCGGGCAUCAACGGCCAGCACAUCGUGGUGCCCAAUGGCAGCACCACGCCCGAGGACCCCGGCAGCCUGGUGGAGUACGAGGACCUGCUCAAGCUCUUCUGCUGCUCCGGCUGCCAGGCCUUCAUGGCGCCGCCGCUGCACCAGUGCCGCAAAGGACACCUCGUCUGCAGCUCCUGCCGCUUCUCGCUCAAGCAGGCGUGCCCCACAUGCAAGCAGCGCUUCGCCGACUCCACCAACGUGAUGAUGGAGCAGGUGUGCCAGUUGGUGAAGUUCCCGUGUAAAUACUCCCCACAAGGCUGCCCGGAGUUCCACAGGCCGCGCGCCAAGCAGGACCACGAGCACUUCUGUUCCUACCGCCCCGUGCACUGCCACCACGGGCCGCAGGGCUGCCCCAAGGUGCUGCUGCUCAGGGACAUGCAACAACACCUAGAGAUCUGCGAGUACAAGAAGAAAUGAGGGGCUGCUUGUGUCCUGUGAGGCUUGGAACGCAGCUGCUAUUGUGGAAGGCGUUGGGUGUUGUGUUAGACGUUUCUCCAUUGUGGUUCUCUUACCCUCUCGUGCCCCUCACUACCCUCCGUGGUCCUGUCACAGAGAAGGCUAGAAAAGGGAGUGUAAACAUCCGUACUGUCUCUCCCCCGCGCCAUUCUUGAAGACGUUGGACUAUGGCUUUGUGCCCUUUUUUGUGUGGCUUUGUCAUCCUUCCUUCCUUUCAUUUCCCUUCCCUCACUACCUCCCGAUUCCUGCAUCUCUCCCUCAUUUGUCCGGUCACAAUAAAAAGCUAUUAAGAGAAGGAACGAGACAAAGAGAGAAGCCAUGGUCAGGUCUACCCUCCGAGCUAUGUAUAGGUUGAGCUGGCCUUCCCUGAGUCACUGUUACCGGUAUCCUUGCCUUAGAAAAACGUGUAUGAACUGAAUAUGAUCUAUUAUUAAGAACAUAAGGAAGUUAGGACGCCGUGGAAGGGACGAAAUAGGAACAAAA